AUGUCCACAUCUGCACCUCCCCCAGUCGAGAUCUUGCUCGUCGGUCUCGGCUCAAUCGGCUCAGUCUAUGCUUAUCUUUUGGAGAAGUCAGGAAGAGCCAGAGUCACAGCGGUCGCUCGAUCGAAUUAUGAGCUGUACGCCAACGAAGGUGUGACGCUCAAGACCGACAAAGUCGGCGACAUCCCGGGCUGGAGACCACAUCGAGUCGUCAAGUCUCAAGCAGAAGCUCUGACCCCUGGAAAGCACUACGACUUUUGCCUCUUGACUACCAAAUGCCUCCCCGACGUUCUGCCAAAUACAUCCCUCCUCGCGCCUGCUAUCGCCAGUGGUCAGAUCGGAGCAUGGUGUUUGAUCCAGAACGGUCUCGGGGUGGAGCGGGAGCUGCAGGAGGCUGUGGAAGCAAGUGGAACGCCAAUGAUCUCGAGCUUGGCGUGGAUUGGGGUGAUGGCGAAGGAGAAUGGGGCUGUAGUGGAGUGGAGAGGAGCGGACACGCUGGUAUCGGGUAUCUACCCGCCAAUACCUCGUCUCAGACCUUCGUCUGCCUCACCUCAGACAUCUCAACCCACACGCGUGUUCACCGAAAGAGAGACCGCGGCGCUGGAAGCAUGGCGCAGUCUGCUAGAGGAAGGAGGAGCCAACAUCAAGACCACAGAUCACGUUGAUGCUGUACGGUACGCCAAGAACAUCUGGAAUGCAACUUGGUCAUCUAUCCAAGCUCUAUCACGCACAUACCCCUCAACGUAUGCCGCUCUGCCCGCAGCAACCGUCGCACCCAUCAAGAAGAUGAUCCGAGAGAUCGUCGAUGUGGGUUUCGAAGCUGGCCUGCUGAGAGAGGGCGAUCCGCAGUACAACCUGGGCGGGAAGGGGAUGGGUAGUAGGCAAGAGCUCGCGGAUCAGUGCUGGGAAAUCAUAACAAAGAUGGCUUUGACCAAGAUUGCGAAUGGCCAAACACCGCACAAGAUGUCCCUCUGGAUCGACGUCGAGCAGAAUCGGCCAAUAGAGGUCGAGGUCAUUGUCGGCGAGGUGGUGCGGCUGGCAAAGGAGGUGGGGGUGGAUGUGCCGAGAGUGGAGAUUGUGGAGGCGCUGAUGAGGGGUCUGCAGGCGGAUAUCUUGGAGCGGCGAGCAUCAUCAAAUUAA